CCUCUCUCUCUUAAUCUUCCUCUGUUACUUCCCAAUUUCGUUGUUGUUGUGUUAAUUUCUUCUGCUAUUGUUCUUCUACCAUGAAUCCCGAAUCAAGAAAAACUAAUGCUCUUCGAAUUACACAAAGACCCAAUUCUUCUUCAAGUGAAAAUAAAGAAACGCAGAAGAAGAAACCCAGUAUCGAUAAUGAACCUCAAAAUAAGGAAUCUCACAAGAGGAAGUCUUCGCAUAAUAAAGAAGCUUCUGAUGUUGAAAUGGUUGAUGGAAAAAAACAAAUGUUAAAAAGUCUAGCAAACCUGUACCUCUUUCUUCAAAUCUUUAUUUUUCAAUUUUACUGCUGUAGAUGUUGUUCCUGUAUCUACAGUUCAACCUUCGCACACUGAACCUCCUACUAUUCCAACAACAAGUCAAACUCCUGAGAAAAAUGUUUCUAUUACUCAUACAUUUUCCCAAGAUUUUGAAAAGAAUGUUCAUGCUACUCCUUCACCAACAAAUCGUCUUAUGGAUGAGAAUGCUUUUAUUUCGUAUGACGAUCUCUUUAAAAAUACCCUCAUGUUUCCUCUGCGAACCCAUCGCAUAUAAUUUUUCCUUCACCCCCUGUUGCCUCUGCGAAUCCAUCGCAUAUAAUUAUUCCUUCACCCAUUAGUUCUAGUUCUCAUUCGAACCUUCCUCAAGAUAAAUCCACCAUUCCAACAACUUCUACUAUUCCCCCUUCUCUUUCUUUAUUAGAUUCUCUUCCUUUGAAUAAAAAGGGUUUGGAUAGCGUAAAAUUGGCUACGCAAACUCUUUCUGAUGUUAUUCACUCUGCCCAAUCUUUAACCGAUAAUCCUUCCAAACUUCGCUCCUGUUCUGCCUUAAGUCAGCUUCUUCGAGGAUUUCCUGUUGACAAGGCUUCGCGAGAUGAGAUGCUUUCUCAAAUUGACCCGGGUUUCCACAUUGCUCUAGAUGUUUUGGAAUCUCAUCGUCGUAUGAUGUUAGCUGAAAAGCAUUAUGAGUCUAGCUGUUCCCAAUUGGAACUCUCGCAGAGAAAUACUUCUUUGGAAAAGGAGAUACAAAGGUUGAGAGAAGAACUUCAAAUUUCAAAUUUUGAGGUUGAAAAUCUUCGCAGUGAAAAUCAAAAGCUUAGAGAUUCUGAAAAGUCGCAACAGUCUACUAUUGCUCACUUGAAUUCUGAACUGUCCAAGGCUCGUAAAGAAUGUGCAAAUCUGAAACUAUCUCAUGGUAACCUUGAGCUUUAUCUUUCUGCGUCUCGAAACAGAGCACGAAGAAGGUUUGUAUUUCAGAAAAAUUUCUAGAGAUAAAUUCUAGAAAUCUUGAAAGAGAUGCAAUUCGCAAAGGCCAUUCUAGUGCUCAAUCUGUUAUUGACGGGAUCCUUUCAAGCAAUUCUCUUCCAGCAGUAAGACUUCCUGUAUGCAAUAUUGAUGCAGAUGAAGAUUAUCCUGAGCCAGAUAGUGAUUUUGAUUUUUUAAGCGAUGAUGAAAAAGAUCAGGAUGAUGAAGAAAUCCAGCAAGAAGGAGAGAAACCCACUAAUGAUGCUGGUAUUGAGGUUGAAAAUCCUGAAUCCAGUGCUAAAGUUUGAUGCUACUGUUUGAUCAUAGCAGACUUCCUUUCUUUAUUUUGACUUUUUUUUAUGUACGAUCCUUCUUAUUCACAGACUUGUUUGUUUCAAGGAAAAUAAUACAUUGUUAUUUUAAUUCCCA